AUGCCGGAACUCGAAACGUUUCAUGGUAGCUACCUAUGGGACUACCUUCCGAACUUACCUGCCGCGAUCGUUUUCGCCACUCUCUUCACUCUGGCAACGGUCAUGCACACAUGGAGAAUGUGCAAAGGAAGGAUGUGGUUCUGCGUUCCCUUCGUCAUAGGCGGCGUCUGUGAAUUUCUGGGCUACAUUACUCGCGCCCUCUCCACCAACGCGACUGGCAACCUUGUACUCUUCCUGGUCCAGAGUAUCUUUCUGCUCCUUCCUGCUGUCUUCUUUGCUGCGACGCUGUAUAUGGUGUACUCUCGCAUCAUCCGAGCUGUCGAUGGUGAACGAUUCGCGCUUAUCACGGCCCGCCGGACAACGAUCUAUUUCGUAGUGGGAGACUUCACCUGUCUCAAUGUGCAGUCGACCGGUGGUGGGCUACUGGGCAGCUCCACGGAUAGCACUGUGAAGAUCGGCGAGUAUAUCGUCGUUGCCGGCCUCAUGCUGCAGAUUCUGAUGUUUGCGGGAUUCGUCGGAUGCUGUCUGGUGUUUCAGAUGCGCUACCAAGCUUACCUUUUUUCAGCCGCCGACGCCUCAGCUCGGUCGCACACUUCGAUACCGUGGGGUGUAUGUCUAUACAUGCUCUACGGUACUUCCGCGGCAAUUCUGCUCCGCAAUCUUUACCGAGUCGUCGAAUUUGUGAUGGGCAAGGAUGGCUAUCUUAUGCAGAACGAAUGGCCAAUCUACGCAUCAUGA